UCGGUUACUUUAAUCGUUUUUCAACUGUCAGUAGAAAGAUAUUCGUAGUUUACGACCAAGCAAUCAGUAACAGAGAUCUGAAUAUACCCCUGCCAGGGACCAUUGCCAUGAGUACCGGAAGUAGCCGGCUUCGGGCAUGAUCGUAGUGGCGAGUGUUUGAACGUAAUCCCUGCUUUCGAUAUCGGGACAGGAACAACGCAUACAAAUGGACGCUCUGCGGUCAUGGUGGGAGAUUCCCAGCAUCGCACAUUUCUGCUCGUUAUUCCGAGCUGCCUUCCAACUACCAGACUUCGACAUAGAGGAUCUUGAAGAUGGACUUCUUGCUGCUGCGAGUGAAGAGGGAAGUCCAUUUCUUGAGGACCUGUUCUGUCGACUUCUUCAGGGUUGUUACAGCAGGGAUGAUAUUGAGCCCUACAAUUUUGAAAUAUAUCUUAAAGACAUCAUGAAAGGAUUGGCAGUCCAACUGAACAUGAAGAAUCCUUUAGAAGACAAACAAUUCAAGGAUAUAUCUUUGAGACAGAAAGUGGAGAUUCUGCAGCAUUUGUGUGAUUCUAGACUAGACUCGGUGGAUGUCAUGGACCAACUCAAGGGAUUUGAAGGAGACAACAUGAGAGUUGAGCCCCUUGGUAAGGAUGGGAGUGGUGCCACUUAUUGGUAUUUCUAUGGCAGCCGUCUAUACAAGGAAGAUGCGGAACCUGUUGUUGAGGAACAGACCACGGAAAAAAAAGUCAGAAAAAAGAUGAAAGAAAAAGAUAAAAAAACAAAGGGUAAGGGUAGAAAACGUGGAAGAAAAAGUACCAAGACAACAAAACUAUCAUCAAAAAGGGAAACGAAACAACCUACUCGUACAUCUUCUCGUACUUCUACUCGAGUCAGUAGCCGCCUAAGGGCUCUUGAGGAGCAGAGUAUUGAGGAGGAGGAGGAAGAGGAGGAGGAGGAGGAGGUGGAGGAGGAGGAAGAAUAUGGAGAGGACAACAAUGAGGAUGAGGAAGAGGAGGAAAGUAUUCAGGAUUGGGAAGAGGAUGUGAAAGAGAAAAACAUUGUUAAAGAAAAUAAUGAUAACAUGAAAUAUGAUGCUAAAAAUGAAAUUGAACAAGAAGAGGACCGAAAGGAAGACAAUGGAAAUAGGCUAGGUGUUGAAAGUGAGAUACAAGAAGAUGACAACUGUGAAAGUAAAACAGCAGAACAAGAUCUCAAGGAUGAGUUGGGAAGCCCAAACCCUGAUGUCGAUGUAUUGAAAUCUGAAGAAGAUAAAAUGGAGGAUAACUCAGCAGAUGUCAUCAACGCUGAGCUGAAAAGUGGAAAUGGGGACACACUUAUGGAGGUAGAAAAUAAUGACAUGAAAGAGGAAAUGGACGUUAAUACCAAUGGGAACAACAGCAAUGCACCUACAACCUCUGUGGGCCUGCCCCUACCCGAGAUCAACCCAAGGUGGCAUCUCAUUUGUAAGACCUUUGAAGAUUGGGAUGCUCUUGCAGAGUCCUUCAAACAAAGCAAGAUGAAAUGUGAGCGUGACCUCUGUCGCUGUAUAACGCAGGACUUCCUUCCAGCCAUUCCUGAAAUAAUGGAAGCCAGGGAAAAGGAAAGGCAGAAAAGGCUACAAGAGGUGGCCCCCAAGAGGACCUCAGUUAGAAUCAGUCACAAACAAAAGGAACUGGCAGAGCAGGAGGCUAUUUUGGCUGAAGCAGAGGCUGAGGAGGAUAGACAGAGAAAAUUAGAGGAAGAAGAGAAGAGAAAGUUACUGGAGAUUGAAAAAGAGGAAGAAGAAAAGCGUUUGAGAGAGGAACGACAAAAAAAUAGAGAAGAGAGAGCAAGAAGACUUGAGCAGAGGGAACAGAGAGCUCAGUUGAUAGCAGAAGGGAAGGAGAUUCCACCUGAACUUCAGUAUACUGCUUCUACUUACAACAGCAAGUACAGAGAGGAGGAGGACCGUAUAGGACAACAGCCAGAUUUGGAUGAUGAAGAUAUUGAAGAAAUGGAGAAAGUGCUGGAAGCUGUGAAAAACCACAAAGAUGCCUGGCCAUUCCUGGAACCAGUGGAUGAAGAGGUGGCUCCAGGUUACCAUGACGUUGUUAAGAAACCAAUGGAUUUGUCAUUUAUUGAGAGAAAGCUGAAAGGCAGAGCCUACAAAUCUAAGAGACGAUUCAUCAAGGAUUUUAACCUCAUGUGUGAUAACUGUCGAUACUUCAACGGACUUGAAAGUGAACUUGGGGUGAUGGCUCAGAAACUGCAGCGCUGUGUGAACAAGGCAGUGCGUGUCCACAUGGACAAGGUAAAGGAUAACUAUGAGGCAGACGAGGAGUUCCGCAUUGCCCAGUCUGUGAGAGCCGAGAAGAAGUACCGACCCAAGAGAGCGGCCAGCUCCCGUGCCAUGGACACCCUGCACCGUGCCAUGAACUAUGAUGAGGAUUUUGAACAGUUUGAUUCUGAAGAUGAAGAUUCUGACAGAAGUGAAAGCCCAAAGCCAUACAGGGACAAGAUUGUUCGCCUGGACCCACCAACACCAACAAAAUCAUCACGCUUAAUUCCAGAGUUAUCUCCUAAUGUAGAUGAGAUAGGCUGGAGUGGAGAACAGAAAAGUAUCAAACAAAUCAACAAAGUUGGAAAUCCGGCAUGGAAUAUCGAUGGCAAUGUAGUGUCAUUUAAUGGAAAGAAGUUGUUGUAUAACUUCAGUAAACAGAACAGACAGACAUCAGCGACAUCACUUUCUCUAUUGGAUGCUAAGAAAUAUUCUCCGUAUGUAAAUAAACAUGAUGUUAAAAGUGAGACAUCCUGGAGUCCAACCACAGACAAAGCUGACAUAAAGGAUACAGCUUUUUAUCAAGGACAGAAGUUUGUUUAUCAAGUUAAAAAGACUUCAAAGCCAAAAUCAACUGGGAAUUCUCUUUUAAAUUGUAAUUUGUCAUCUCCUAAUAGGCCCCAGUCUCCUAAAGGUGUCCCAAAGGUGAAGCAUUUAGGGCCUGCAGGUUUGGUCCAGGUCAGGCAGUUAAACAUAGGCCCUGGUGGAGUGUCUAAGGUCAGACAGCUGUCUCCAGGCACGCAACCACAGAUGAUUGCCAAGCAUGGACAGAGUGGCGGAACUGUUCACAUUGGAACCCCACCUACAGGAAAUCCCAGGCUUGCAAUGUCCAGUAACAGUGUGUCUCCAACUGGUCAGCGGAUAAUCAAGAUUGUAGCCGCCCCAGGCCAACAGCCCCUUCAGCCUGGUCAGGUGAUCAACCUGGCAGAACUGGGCCUUGGGGGUGGGGCAAAUAAGGCCAUUAAGGUGUCUGGAGGCAUUCUGCAACUUAAAGGGCAGAACACAGGCCUUCCUCUGUCAGGUAAAACUCGUAUUAUUUACCAGGGCAGUACAAGUGCCUCCAAGAUGACAGUGCCCAAUAAAGAGACACCAGGAACAGCAUCUGUAGCCCAGGCAUCUACUAGUGACAGUAAUAAUAAAACAGAACGACAAGAACCAGCCAUCAUUACUCUGGGCCCAUCCUCAGCAUUUUCUCCCUUGUCAGCAAAUAAUGUGAAAGAAGCUGGUGACAGUUCUUCAGAGCAGGACACUGUGAAAAAAUCUUUUGUGGAGUUGAAUGUCACACAAGCUCUCCAAGGAAUUAAUGAAAGUGUGGAUAGAUUAGAUGCACCGAAGAACGAAGGACCAUCAGGCCACUCUCCUACAGGGACAAGUGUAUCCAACACUACAUCUGUGAUAAAUGAUGAGCCUAGUGGUGAUCAGUCUCCUUACCGAUCUAGUGAUGAGGACAUACCAGAACUCUUCCCCAUGAAUCCUCCACAGCAACCACCAAAAAAACGUAAAACCAUGGAGGGUUCCCCAAUUCCUCUCUCCCUGUCCAAAGUGUUCAUUCAAGGAGUCAGCUCUAGUCCCCAAAAUCUCCCAAAUAACAGUUCACCAAAAUCGCCAGUUGCUAGUAAUUCCCCAAAAUUUUCACUUGGAGGUUUACCAAAAAUGAAUAGUCCUCCUAAAUUAUUGCCUCAGUCACAACUUGGUCCUCCCAAACUAACAUGCCCUCCUAGAAUACGUAGCCCUCCAAAGACAUCAGGACCACCUAAAUUGACUCCAGUUCAACCAUUGGAUGGGGGCAUUGGUAAACAGUACAAAUUCCCACCAUAUAAACAUCACCAAACCAAUGGUCCAAGUGAAAGUCGAAAAAGUGUAUUUGAUGCAUUUGACAUUGGAGAUUCAACCACACAGGACACAAGAUCAGAACAUAACACUAAACAAGAAACAAAUUCUGGAAGUUUUACAAAGCUUAUAUGUGAUUCAGGUGAUAGAACAAAAGACUGUGUGCCCAAGGAUGACCCACUAAAUACUAUUGAGCUGGAAAAGACUUCACCCAUAUGUGUACGUAAUGAAAGUAGUGCUAAUUCAGACAAGGAUUCUGUGGAGGAUCGAUUACGUGAUAUUGGGUCAGAGUCAAAGUCAGAAACCAGUAAGAAGUCUCCUGAUAAAGGCAAUUUGUUUGACAAUUUCGCAACAUUUCUUCAAACUCCGCCUAAAAUAGAUUCACAAUGGACAUCCCAGCCAGUUGAUCGCAAUUUGUUCAACAGUCAAAAUACAUCAUCAUCCUCACCUCGCUUAUCAUUCACAUCAACAUCUUCAUCAUCAUCAUCAUCAUCAUCAUUACCUUCAUCACCAUCAUCAUCAUCAUCAUCAUCAUCGUCGUCAUCAUCAUCACCACCAUCAUUGCACACUUCUCAUCACUCAGAUAGAUCUAUAUUUGACAGUAUUAUUCCUGUAACUACACAUGAGAACAAUGCUGUGAACCAACCAGAGUUGACCGGAGGACUGACACAGAACAUGAUGGAUAAAGUCUCCAUAUUUGCUGCCAACCUUCACACAGGGUCUCUCGCCAGUCGUCUAGGAAACCUGUCCCCAUCUAAGUCAUCUUCAGCAAACCUUCAUCACCAGUCACAUGUUACACAGGACUCUGACCAACCAGGCCAAGGAAAUGUAUGAUGAAGGGAAAAUUAGCCAGUGGGGAGGUCUGCAUUAAAACUGUCAGGAAACUGAUGACCAAUCAAAAACCUGCUGAGCUGGCUUGUACUUUGGAAUUUGUAUUCAAAGUAAACACCAAAAUUCUUUUUGCACUUUAUUAUUGACACAUUGAAAUCCAAGAAGAUGACCAUCCUGGAGAGUGUGAUUGGACCAAGGAUAGAACACUUUGUCUUAUGAAUAAUUCAUUAAUGGGAUCCAUAACAAACAAAUUGUAUCAGAUCUGAAAGAAAUACUGUUAGAAUUAUGAGUCAAAAGUUCUAACAUGAAACAUUUCAUGUAUCUGUAUAAUGCAGUAUACUAGAUUUUGUGUCCGUUGACUCAAUCCAGUUACUGCAUACCAGAAGCCAAGACUGGACAAAUGUAGAUAUUGACACACCUCAAUGUACAGAUAAAAAAACAACAGUAGCUGCCACCAAUGAAUGCUGGCUCAAUGUUUGAACACAAAACUACAUACACAUGGACACUAGCUGUAAUAGCUUGUGAAUUCAUUGACAAAUCAUACAUUCUAUAUCUGGUAGCUUUAUAGAGUAUAACUUGUGUUGACAAUGUUAUUAAUGAACAAAGUCAGAAUUAUCAUUUAUAAAAGUUAGGGGUGGGAAUUCUACAGGAUAGGCGGUACAGUAAAGCAGCAUACAUCCUUAAUGACAUGUUGUCAUAUACAGCUACUGAUGGUGAACAUUUAUAAUGUAUGUACUGUAUGUACUAAACUACCCUAGUCAGGAGCUACCAAAUGUGACAUUGGGUUUGGACCAAAUCAAUUAUUUGUGGUGUUGCAAUUAUAUUUUCUUUGCAGUGUAGCAACAGUUGUAAUAGUGUACAAGGUUUAAAUUUAUACAUUAGAAUUUGCUGUUUAGCAACAGUCCUGAUAAUAUACAAGUACAUUUUAAUUUUACAUCUGGCACUGUAAUUUACUGAUUUACUGAUUUGUGUUUUUACAAAGUAAACAAAAAUCCAGAAAUCAGCUCAACCUUAUUUAGGUUAUAACAAAUUUCUGAUGUUAUUUUCACCAUUUCCUUGGAAGUUUUACUGCCGAUGGUCGGACCUCUGUUAAACACUCCCACUAUUUUUGUUUUUGAAAACCAAAUAAAAACCGUGAUAAGCAGUAUACUUCAAGGAGAAAUGUCACUGAAAUUUGUCACAAAGUGGUCUACACACCAAGAUGAAGUAAUAUAUUGAAUAGACUGUAAUGUGUUUCAAGGGAAUGUGAUAUAAAGAGGAAUGUGAUAUAAACUGCAGUUUUGAUAAUAAUGGAACAUGUACUACAUAAUGUGGUAUUUCAUUGUUGAAACAAUACUCUGUAAUCUUUUGUGUCCCAGACUUUUUAUAGUGUAGAUAUUGUUUGUAUUAGGCUUAAAACAGUGACUGUUCUUAAUUAUUCAUGUUCAGAAAUUAAGAACAGUUAUAUUUUAUGGAGUAACUAAAUUUACAAUUGUAUUAAAUUUAGCACCAGUAAGUUUUUAUUAUUAUCAUUAUUAUUAUACUUCUUUUUAGCAGAAAUCAUU